AUGCGAUUGACCUUCACCCUCGUGGCCGGGACGCCCUUUGGGGCCAACAUCCAGCUGCUGACCGUCCAACAGGGCUAUUUUGACGCCAGAGUCAAGGAGAAUCCGCUGCUGCACCUGUGGUCCCUGGGGGUGGAGGAGCAGGUUUACAUCUUUUGGCCGCUGUUUGUGUCCGUGAUCAAUCAGCUGUCGUUCUGCAAGACGCUGGCGCCAAGUGGGUGUGAUGAUGUCCAGCUGUGCCGCGAUACGUACCAUUGGAGCCGCAAGAGCUACGACAUCGUGUUCCAAGCGUGUUUGGCCCUGACCAACGUCGAUGUCCGUCUCCAUCCCUUGCGUGCAGAAGAUGGUGAUGCCAAUGCCCAGUACAUCAAUCGACUCAACGAAAUCGGCGCAAAGAUCAUCAAGACGAAGAGAGCCGCUGGGAAGGCGUACAGGUCAAAGAGAAAGCGCGAUACGUACCAUUGGAGCCGCAAGAGCUACGACAUCGUGUUCCAAGCGUGUUUGGCCCUGACCAACGUCGAUGUCCGUCUCCAUCCCUUGCGUGCAGAAGAUGGUGAUGCCAAUGCCCAGUACAUCAAUCGACUCAACGAAAUCGGCGCAAAGAUCAUCAAGACGAAGAGAGCCGCUGGGAAGGCGUACAGGUCAAAGAGAAAGUCCCGCUGUAUGAUAGCGUACCGAGAGCAAAAGGAGAUGUCGGGUCUAGAAGGCACCAUCCGCCAGUUGGAACACAUCCGGUCUGUCCUACACAAGUCCAUCCCCACACGGCUAGCCCGGAGUCUGCUGCUUCUGGCGUGGCAUGAAGUGGCGAGGUCUCUGGCAGACCUUCGUAUGCUGUCCGAGUCUCAGAACCAAGCGCUAAAGGCCCAACUCGUCGAGCAUGAAGCGCUGGUUCGCGAGAUGUAUCACUGGACCGACACGUAUCACAUCAAGCCUUCCCUAGACCACAAUCGCACCUUGUGGAGGCACGCGUCGCUGCUGAACGACCCGGCCACCCGAAAACUCGGCAAGGAGUGGAUCACAGAGCACAUGUUCCACAACACCGACGCCAUCUUCCAUCAGUACGGCUUCCCGCCUCGGGACUCGUUCGAGUACCUUCUACACGACUUCAACUUUACCUUCGACGACAACGGGUAUUGA